GGGCCCGAACUGCACUGCGUUCCCUAACAGAACCAGGCUUUUUUCGCAAACAAAGAACCCAGCUUGCUCCAUCCCCGACUCUAAGCGGAGUCCGAAAAUGAUGGCGUCAGGGUUAAAUGUGGGGGCGCAGCUGCAUCCCAUAGUCCUGAGCAUGCACAAAUGGGGAGGUCUACAAGGGAGACGAAUGCAUUCGUCAGACAUCACAAGUUGUCUGAGUAAUAGGAUAACAUGCCUACUUAAUCAGCCAUCCAUUCUGACUCCCGACAUUGACCGAAAAGAAAGUAGGCCUUUGGUUAAAAUGUGUGGAGUUACAUCACCUAGAGAUGCUGCUCUGGCAUCAGAAGCUGGUGCUGAUUUUGUUGGAAUGAUUCUCUGGCCUAACUCAAAACGUUCUAUUUCACUUCCUGUUGCCAAGGAAAUAUCAAAAGUUGCACGGGAGAAUGGAGCAGAGCCUGUUGGAGUAUUUGUAGAUGAUAAUGCGGACACUAUAUUAAGAGUUUCUGAAGCCACAGACCUUGAAUUUGUGCAGCUGCAUGGAAAUGGUUCCCGUGCUGCUUUUCCAGUUGUCGUGAGAGAGAACCGGGUGAUUUUUGUCCUUCAUGCUAAUGAAGAUGGAAGCCUAUUGAACUCCAUUUCUGAUGAAGAAUGUUCUCUAGUUGACUUGAUUCUUGUUGAUAGUGCUAAAGGAGGAAGCGGCAAGGGAUUUGAUUGGUCCAAGUUUGAACUGCCACCGAUUAGAAGCAAAUAUGGGUGGCUCCUAGCUGGGGGAAUUAAUCCCGAGAACGUGUCUGAGGCUCUUUCUGCUCUAAGACCUCAUGGAGUUGAUGUUAGUAGUGGUAUUUGUGGUCCUGAUGGUAUUCAGAAGGACGAGUCACUGAUAUUGUCCUUUAUGAAUGCAGUCCGUUCUGCAAAUGUUUUAAUGGAGGAGUAAACUGUCUUAAUUUCGAGUUUGUUGAAUUUUCUUGUGUAAUUAAACCAUCGCUUUCAAGUCCAAUCAUUUUGAUGAGAUAUUCAUCACAAGCUUGGUGUACAUAUUGCCCGUUGUACAAAGAUCGAAAUACUCUGUCUCUGUUAUGAAUUUCCUAGGGCUGUGAUCGAGUGGGACACGGCAUUCAACCUUUUA